AUGAAUAUCCUGAUAUACGAUGAUCAAGGCUGCAGCGCCACCUCUAUAGCGCAUCUCAAAUCCCAACUCACCCGUUUCCUCUCUCCCUGCUACUCGAUCCAAUCAGUUUCAGCGGCUGUACUCGCAAAUGAGCCUUGGGAGGAAUACACAGCGGCUGUUGUUAUUCCAGGCGGGCGUGACCUGCCAUAUUUGCACUCUCUCCGCGGCACACUCAUUGCGCGUCUCAAACGGUACAUUUUCAAUGGCGGGCGGUACUUGGGUGUCUGUGCCGGUGCCUAUUUCGCGUGCAAGCGUGUAGAGUUCGCAGUGGGGGAUGAGUCGCUGGCCAUUGUAGGCGACCGCCCGCUCAACUUGAUUGACGCACUCGCCGUCGGACCCGCUCUGCCCAACUUCCAGUACAACUCUGAGCGGGGUGCGCAUCUGGCUGAGGUGGAAGUGGAGGCGAGCACGCACAAGCACACACACACUCGUACACAAGCACACGACAAGCUACUCCUUUAUCUCAAUGGCGGGUGUGCGUUCGAUAUCGGCAGCACAAGCACACAAGACACAGACACAGACACAUCCAUUCUCGCUACUUACUCGCACAACGGCUCCGUCGCAGCUCUGCAGAGGCGCUACGGCAACGGCAGGGUGGUAGUGACGGGUGUCCAUCCUGAAUUCAGCCUCAAAUGUCCGCCAGCCAGCCUGGUCGCGGGAGAGCAGCACCUGCAGCAUCUCGAACUGGACCAACUGGAACAAGCAAGAAUUGCGCAUCUUCGCACUCUCCUUAAUGCCCUAGCCCUCCAUCUAAAACCGAUCGAUGAGGCUAAACCGGUUGGGCUCCUGCCGAUGCUCCUCGUCGGCAGUAGUCGCGGGUUGUGUGAGUGGGUGGCAACAGUGACAGAGGGGCGCAACAAUGCACCACCCAGCCAUCCAACUCCCGUCGACAGCGGGAGUGAUGAGGUUGUUAUCCACGGUUCUGGAUUCAAUGAGCAUGUGGAACGCGAAAGGAUUGCUCACACUAGAGCAGAUGUAGAAGCAGGUGUGACCAACCAAACCAAACAUAUCUACAUUCACGCUCUAGACGCGUUCAACAAACUCCCACCGCACACGCCCAAGUUUGACACUGCUGCGUACUUGGCCCUCCUCCAGAGCGUGCACGCCGGCCGACUGCUUCUGUAUGGCGAGGCCGUGGGCAGUACUCAGACGCUGCUCGAUAGGAACACGCGGAUGCUACGCAGCUGCCCGCACGGCUUCCUCGCUCUAGCUUCCCAUCAACUAGCAGGGCGAGGGCGCGGCGGUAAUGCGUGGGUGAGCAGCAGCGGCUGUCUGCAGUUCAGCCUAGUUCUCCGUCUACCAGGCACGCGUGGCUCGCGCGUCGUCUUCGUGCAGUAUCUUAUUGGUCUCGCUGUCGUGCAGGCGUUGCGCGCACAUGAUCCCUCUCUCGACAUUGCGCUUAAGUGGCCAAACGAUAUCUAUGCAACGCGGUACAAUUCUGAGGGCGCUCAGCAGCCACUCAAAAUAGGCGGAAUCCUCACCACCUCACAUUUCAUAGACGGCCAAUUCAUCCUCAUCGCUGGCGCUGGUGUUAACAUCUCCAAUAGUCAGCCAACUACUUGCAUCAAUGAUAUCGCGAGCACACCAUUCACCUCCGAAUUGGCUUGCGCUCUUAUAAUGAAUAGGAUCGACGAGAUGUGGGGGGUGUUCGAGAAAAGUGAAAGCGGUUUUGGAGAGUAUCUCGACGAUUAUUACAACGCCUGGAUGCACAACGAUCAGGAAAUCACCCUCCAGCACACCGGUCAGAAAGUUAGGAUUGCCGGUCUAACACUCGACCACGGAUAUUUGCGCACAUACCCAGAUAUCAGGUGCCCUGUUACUCCAAAAUCUCUCCUUUACAACCCUAUAGACCUCCAGCCUGACGGUAACUCUUUCGAUAUGCUGAGUGGUUUGAUCAAGGUGAAAAAGUAG